GCCUCCAGAACCGAUUUGUGGCCCGCUACGUGCCUCUCCCGAACCAGGCCAAGAUCUGGACUAUCUCGCUGUCUCCACAAUGGGGCAAGGGACGUACCCCUUUGGUGAUGGUGCACGGCUUUGGGGGCGGCAUCGGGCUCUGGAUUCUCAACCUGGACUCGCUAAGCCAGCGCCGUCCCCUCCAUGCCUUUGACCUCCUGGGCUUCGGACGGAGCUCUCGGCCCCCGUUCCCCAAUGACGCCCAAGGGGCCGAGGAAGCCUUUGUGAGCUCUAUCGAGGCCUGGCGUGAGGAGAUGGGCAUCCCCAACAUGAUCUUGCUGGGUCACAGCUUGGGCGGGUUCCUGGCGGCCUCCUACAGCUUGCAGUACCCGGAGAGG